AUGCCGACGGCCACGACGCGCGAUCUCUCCGGCAAGGCGCCGCUGUUUGUCUACCUCCAAGGCGGAGAGCGGGAGCGCCUGCCAACAGGAGAGUACAUUCGUGUGGUGGCACAGUGCAGUGGGCCAGACAAGACAGUGAACCGCCAUGAUUUUGCAUUGCAUAACCGCGGCGCGCGGCUCUGUCGCCUGCUCGACUCCCUUUUAGACUCUGUCGAUGUGGACUUGAAGCGCAAGGUAGACCCAGUGCAGGGGCUCAUUCCACCUGUAAUACUGCCGCACGCAACGCGAGAGGGUUGUGAGUGUGUGUUCCGCUACCUUGACCUCAUACAAACACGCGUACCGACUCUCCUCAGCAAGCCGUUGCGUGCUCCGCUGGAGGAGCUGGUGUGCGAAUGGGAGAUGACCUACCUGCUUGAGGACUGCUUCCUUCCAGGCGUAGCGGACGAAAAGAAGACGUCGGCGACGCUGUGCCAUACGCUAGCAAAGAGAGGCCCCCAGGCAAUGGACCGCGUCUUAGAAGUGGCGAUGUUAGCCGACUUUCUUCUCAUCGAGCCGCUUCGUGACUUGACGUGCGCCCUGCUUGCCUCUCUUGCCCUCAGUGCCGGAUCGGAGAAGGAGCUGCUGCAGCUUUGUGGCCUCGACCACGUCUUGACGGAAGAGGAGCUUGAGCCGCUGUACAUGCAGCUUCCCUUUCUACGCCCCGAAGAUGGACUUGCCUAG